UUGUUCCGCUACCAGAAUCCCUAUUCCUCCAUCUUCUCCAAACCCCACAAAACUCCCCUUCUACAGUCCCCGAUAGUUUUGGCGGCGAGUCUUGGUAGUUUCGCGCCCGGGGAAUACUUUGUUGGUCGGGGCAAAGGUAAGGCGAACCUCCUUCUGCCGUGCUGCCUUUCUUCCUUCGUAAAUGCAAUAAGCGAAGUGAUACUGGGGUUUUCUUUUGGUACUUUUCUAUUGGUACCACUAAUUGUCCCAAUAUGUAGAAGUGGCACUGGUUUUUCUUUUGCAAUGGCUAGAAUAAAGAUCCCAGCUAUGGCAUCCCUUGUAACACAACAAUCUGAUGCAGGAAUGGCCAAAACAAAGAUACCAGCUACAACAUCUGCAAAAAACAAACAACAUGUUGGUUAUGUUUCUCGGCAGGUAGUAGUCCUCUUGGGGGACUCCAGUGAUUAUAAUGCUGGGCCUAGUAGGAAAGGACUACGCGAUGAGGUAGCCAAGAGUUCCAGGAAGGAGAAGAAGCAACAGACUGUUCCAGGAAGGAGAAGCAACGGACUGUGUGAGGACAACCUUCACUGUUAACCGGAAUAGGAGCUAUAGCAAUUGAAAUCGGCAUGUCCUGUUGGUGUGGUUCCUUGAUAGGACGGUAGCCAACUUGCAACUAACCGUAGACAACUUGCAGCUUGCAUCAUGUCUGCUCAAAUGGUCCAGAAAGCUAUGAGUAAUGUGACACUUGAGGAAAUGACUGGUAAAGCUACUGAUUUGCACGAGGUACUAUUACGUGGAUAUACCCAGGUGUCACAACAGUAGUAGGAAGAUUGGUUCAUGUACGUUUGUAAUUAUGAACAAGUUUGUUGUGGUGUUUGUUUGCUUUAAUUUGGUCUUGGACAAAGUAUUGUUCCUUACAUUGGCACAAUAGUUUUUUUGUUGGAUUGUGAGAAUUAAGUACCUUAUUACUAGUUAUUUUAACUACAAAUUUGGGACUUGUG